AUGUGAAUGACGGCAAGGCCGUGAACAAUCCGACGAUUGUGCUACGAACAUAAAAUCUGUAUGCACAUAUACUGCAGCAUGAUACACGAUAAUUCUGAAAGCCUACGACAACUUCCAACCACAAUCCAUACUCAAGGCCAUACCUACCAUCAAUAACAACCUGAAGGACCAAAGCGAAGACUUAAGCAGGCAUGAGUUCCCUCGAUAUCUUCGUUCAGACUGCCACCAUUUCCAUCGCGCUACUCGGGGCAGGCGGCAUCGCGACGUUGUCCGUCUUCGACCUUCCCAUCAUCCGAAGCCAGCCCGCCGAUCGCGCCCUACCAGCACUCAGAUGGCUCUUUAGCCGGGGCUCUCACGUCUUCCCGACCGCCAUUGGUCUCGCCAGCAUUGGAUUCGCCCAACUGGCCUACGCCUCCUGGCCGGCGAAAUCCUCCUCCAUCGCACACGUCCUGCAUGGUCCCGAUGCAGGCCGAAUAAGUGGCUUCGUGACGGCCGCAAUACUCUCUAGUAGCGCGGCCUUCUACACGAUGCUAUUCAUGAUGCCGAACAAUUUCGCGCUGAUCGAGGAAAACGACAAAUUGGGCGGUUCGAACGGCGCGGAGAGUGCAAAGGUGAGGAAGGCGCAAAACAUCCAGCCGGGCGAGCACUCUUUUAAGGAGUCCAUCGAUGGGAAGGGAUCGGCGAAUCAAUGGACGGAUCUGAGUGGGCCGCAGACGAAGGCUGUUCUCGAAUCCACGCCGGAGCUGGACGAACGGAUCGGGAAGAUGUUGGCCAUUUUUCAACAGCAGAAUAUGAUCCGAGCUGCUAUUCUGGCAUCUGGAGGCAUUGUGGGAUUGGCUACUGCGCUGACGUGAGAGAGUACGUCACUCGAGUGGAUGCGAUAUGCUUGCGAUCGAUGAAAAGUUUCAAUAACGACUAAUGCGAAUGUAAACUUUUUGAACCAGCUCUAUCCGAAAUGGAAGAAAAAUGCCC